AUGGGAGUUGGGGAUCAGGAAAUUGAUCGUGCAGACGGAUUCGCAGACGGCUAUUCGGCUUAUCACGACGGCAGGGCUUCGACAUCCACAUUCAGCUAUGAUUCAGGAAGCACGGAGGCUGCUCACUCAGGGGUGGGAGGUGGAACUUAUUCAUGUAUUCAGAGAGGGUAA